GGCAAACCCUAAAAAGCACUCACUCAUGCAUCAUGCAUUUGAAAAUUGUGACAGAAACUUGUGAAGUCAUCACCGUUCAAUGGGUUCAACGCUCUGCCAACUCUUUUAAAGUAGUCUUACUGUUCCUUCCCGUUGUUGCCCUCUCCCCUUUCUUUCUAGGCACUUCUUCUCCGAGACAUGCAAUGCCUGCUUCAAGGCUUUUCUUAGAAGCUAGAUUACGUUCUCUUUGCAUCCAUGGUGGCCUUCGUGGAAACAGCAUUUUUCAAGGUCACUGCUGAAUGCUGCCAGUGAUGUAAGCUUUCAGCAUUAAGUUUAUAUGCGUGUUGGGCCCAAUUUUUGAAAACCAUGGGUUAGAAUUUGCCUGGUCGGUCAGCUUUGCUUUCUGAUAUGGCAAAUGAAAGCCAAUUCAUACCAGAUGGAGGGAAGUCUCACAGCCACCAGAAGUAUGUCGUUGCCCAGGGCAAUGUGGUGUUGCGUGUGCUGCCCCGGGAAGCCCAUGCUCAGAUUCGGCACUGUGAGAUUGCACUCGUGGAGAACAAUGGCAGGCCACAAGACUACCGCUACUUUGUUGUCACAUCCGACACACUCUUUGUUGUGGAGCGCACCGGUUCUCCCCCUCGCGUACAAACCAUCCAGUUCAGCGCAAUUGAGGAGAUUGAGCAGGAGAAUGGCGGUGCAGACUACCUGGCGGAUGUCAACAUCCAGGCGUGCAGCCGCCGGACGCGCAUAGCCUAUGGGAAGGAGUCAACAGAUAUGCAAUCAAGCCCCCAAAACCUCAGCCCAGAGACUCAGAGGCGUAGGAGCAGCUUUUUUGCAUCUACGCGAUCUAACUCAAGCAAAGAUCUGGGCCCUAGGGAAGGGAGGCAGGAGCUGGAUAGCCCGGUGGGGCGAUCGCCGCCAAGCUUGGAAAACCUAGCCUUGGUGACUCUGGAGAAGCAGUCCAAGCUAUACUUCCACCUUUGGCACGCAUGGAUCGGCUUUCACAUGCGGCAGGUCGCGUUGCAACAAGCAGAGGCGGAGCUGGCUCCUGCGCCGCUCUCUCCUCGGCACGUGCUGGGCAAGCCCUCGCGGACUCUGCAAGAAGGGCAGGCCUCCACUCGGGGCCUCUUCCGAGAACUGCAGGAGUGCAUCCUGGCGAAGGCGAGCCGCUGGGACGAUGGCCCCAUGCUCGCGCUGGAAGAGUUGGCGGUCGCAGCAGAAACGAGCGCGCUCAUGAAACGGCUCUUCUUCGAGAGCGACGUCCUGUUCAGAUUCUUGGCCGGCAGUUUUCGCCUCUGGCUGGCCCAAGCAACCAAGCGCAUCGACAUCGCGCCUCCUCCCCCUUCUCCCAAACUCUCACACUCUUCAAGCUUCCGCCAGACAACCGCAAAACCGUCCACUCGACCGAGGGCUUCCACAGACCCCUCGCAACUCCGGGAAGACGACGUCAUGCUGACGUCACAGCAGGACCGGAGGAGAAUAAGCGGGCCGCUUCCUCGGGACGACGUCACCCGGGGGGCCAACCGCAGACGGGUCGAAAGAGCUAGUGUGGAGAGGAGUUAUGAACCGGACCCGGCUGUCGUAUUGCGAUGGGAGUGGCUGCUGCGGCGGCUGGGGCAAGCGCGCGCGGGCGGGAACGUGCUGCGGAUUGUGGACUGUGUGCAGCGGGUGCUGAGCAACAGCGAGGGGAUCCCCUCGCGGCUCAACCUCAUGAACGUCGCCAGCCCGCACUCGUUGGACACCUUCCUGGUCGACGUCUUCCUUCUCGAGCGGCUGGACCCGUCAACGGCUCCGAUCGCAUCCCACGGCAGCCCAAAGCAACAGGCGGUCACGCGGGGCGCGUUGCAAGAGGCGGCCGCGGUUGACCUCGCGGCCGCGCUGCUGUUCGAGGCCGACAGCCUGGGCCAGCACGCGUUCCUGGCGGGGGCCGCGCCGGAACCGGACUUCGUCCUGUGGGCGCUCAGGAAAGCGCCCGAGCCUGCGCUGCGGAAGAGGUUGAGCGCCCUCUUCCGGCGGCUGAUCAAGCUGCUCCUGGCGCCCGCGGCCGCGCUGGACGGGCUGCGCGUCUUCAAGCUCGCGCACACCGUGACGCUGCUGCUGCCCGGGGUGCCGGGGGGGUGCGCGCACGUCGGGGAGGAGUUCGAGGAGGAGAUGCGGUAUGUGCUACAGAGUCCCGACUUGCAGCUUAAGCUGCAAAAGCGUGGCGACUUUUUCGUGCAAAGGUCAAGGCGGCUGGUCGCCAACAUCGUUGAAAGGUGCAACACCGGAAUGCGUACCGCGUCGCCGAGCAAAGGUCACAGGCGCACCGGUAGUCUAAUCUGAGAGAUUUAGAAACGUAUGAUCUUCCUCAAACGGCAGUCCCCCAGGUUGGAGCUGCGAGUUGCAGGGAUCAUCGUGUUGUGGGAGAUAUGUUGAGUCGUUCGUUGUCAGUCAAACGUUGGUUCCUGGCCAACGAACAUAUUCUCUAGAACCGUUUGAUAGAGACGAUCAUAAAGAGGGGCGAUCAUGUAUGGAAGAGUUUCCACUUUCACCCGGUCAAUCAUAACACAAGGAACUGCCAGCGCGCAACCGCCAAG